AUGGUGUUGCAUCUUCAGUAUGCGGAUGACACCCUUGUGUUCUUGGAGGCCUCCUUCAGAGAAGUGGACACCCUUAAAUUGUUCCUCCAUUGCUUCCAAAAGGCAACGCGAUUCAAAGUGAAUACGCUCAAGUCCAGAAUGGUGGGUGUUGGUUUGACCACCGCACAAGUUCGUGACCUUGUGCCAGGUUGGGAUUGCCAGGUGGAGGACCUCCCUACCAGCUACCUUGGCUUACCUCUGGUGCUCGGUAAACCUAAAAAAAGACACUGGUCGACAAUUACAGACAAGGUAGAUAGGCGCCUGGCAGGGUGGCAAGGCAGAUUCCUUACAAUGGCAGGGAGAGCGACUUUGAUCCAAGCCACUCUCGCGAACUCGCCAAUCUACCUCAUGUCAAUCCUCCACAUGCCUGCUCUUGUGGCCAAUCGACUCAACGAGCUCAUGAGGAACUUGUUGUGGUAG